UAUAGGAGGCUGUUCAACUCGCUCAUUCAAUGGGUUUUCGCCGCGAAGUGCACCAUGAUGAUUCUUAACAGUGCCAAUAUUUUAUUCGUGAUUUUGGUUGUGUGGGCUGUUAGGGCCUCUGAAAAUUAUAGGGAGCUCAUUGGGAAUCCCCCGCUAUGCAAAAACUUCUACGGGCACGCGUGCGCCCCCUGGAAAUCCCGAGCGAACAAACCGGACUUCGAAGUGACCUGGAGCCACUUCACCGCCGCCUCCUACAGCCUAAAAAGUAAAAUCCACCAAAUUCUGGUGACUCCCCCGCGGGACGACCAACCGGAUCUCCCGUUAGUUAGAGCGCAAACCUUUUAUAACGCAUGCGUGACUUAUAGGGGGCGCGAGCUGGAGUACUUGACAGACCUGAAGGCUUUGGUGAAGUAUUUUGGGGGUUGGCCCAUAGCGGAGGAGCGGUGGAGUGCCGCGGGGUACGACUGGUUGAGGCAUUCGGUGGAGAUCACCAAGAGUCUUGGGGUGGCCCCUUUAGUUAAGUUCCACGCGGGGGUUGACUAUAAGGAUACUAACAGAUAUGUUUUAUAUGUAGAACCAGGCAAUUUAGUUUUCCCUCCGAACAUUCUCGUUAAUCUAGCCCAAUACCCUAAAGCCCUGGAUGCUUAUGAAGAGUGGAUCUACGACACGAUCAAGUAUAUGUAUCCAAAUGUUAAUUUGACAAGUAGUGUCCGAAGGAUAACCAAACUUGAGCGCACUUUGGCCAAAAUGGCCCUCAGCAACUCAAAAAUGGAGCGAAGCACCUUGGGGUACUUCUCCGAAAAAUUUGGUGUGAAUUUCCACGAUAUCUUGGCAAUCCUUCUUGAAAAUAUCCCCAACACAAUUGUCGUUAAGAACCCUAAUUACUUGAAAAAGCUUAUUCAGUUAUUAACUGUAACCGACAAACAUGUAAUAGCCAACUAUUUAAUAUGGGCAAUAGUCAAAGAUUUCUCGAGGGACACAACCAACUACUUGACCAAAACCAACUUUCUUAUCGAUAAAAAAGUGUUGGGGUACCAAAAAGACAUUUCCAGACCCUUGGAAUGCACCAACGAGGCCCUAGAGCACUUCGCUUACGCCCUCUUGCCGAGUUAUUUGCGCCUGUAUGUGAAACCCGACUGGUUUAAAUCAAUUGAGCUGAUGUGGCGGAAUGUCAAGUUAGAAUUUAUGAAUUUGCUUUUGCACAAUACAUGGCUGGGCAGCAAAACUAAGGCUCUGGCAGUGGAGAAAGUUAAGAAAAUUGAGGUUAUGUUGGGGUAUUUCGACUGGAUGGCGAACAGCAGCUAUUUAUAUAAUGAGAUGAGUAUCGGUGGCCAUCAUUUUAAAAAUCUGAUUUUGUUAAAAGAGGCCAAAGUUAAAAGGAACUUUUUGCUUAUCGGACAGAACGUUACUGGACCGCAGUUAAUAUCUAACAUAUUUGACGUGAACGCUUAUUACAGCAUCCUACAGAAUACUGUGUUCAUCCCUUUGGGGAUCCUACAGGAGCCCUUUUACCAUGAAAAGGGCCCAAGUAUCCUCAACUAUGCCACACUGGGGAGCCUCAUGGGCCACGAGCUUUCACACUCACUAGAUGCCACUGGUAGGCAAGCGCAGGCCAAUGGUAAAUUAAUAAAAUGGUGGAACAUGAAAGAUGUCUUUAACUACCAACAGAGGAGCAAAUGUUUCCGCUAUAACAGUACAGACAGUUUAUCUGUAGGUGAAAACAUUGCUGACCAUGUGGGACUGUACGUCAGUUAUAAGGCUUUUAAGGGUUCAAGACAAUUUAAGCUCGAGGAUGUGUUUAAAGGGCCUGAGGAUGACAGGGUUUUUUUUCUCGCUUAUGCUCAAAUGUGGUGUGAAAUAUCCGACCGCCAAGAAGAGAUGUUCGCAGACGAGCACGCCCCAGUUGAGGCGAGAGUGAACCAUGCGGUCCUGAACAACAAAUACUUCAUCGACUUGUUUAAAUGUGAUAAAAAUGAACCGACGUAUUGUAGAUUGUGGUAGUAGUGAAAUAAAUGUUUCCAAACCUUUA